AGAGUAAUACGUAAUAGUAGUAGUACGAACAACGUUGUUGAUGAAGAAAUAAAUCCUCAAUUAAUACUCCCAUAUUCAUUAGCUUCCCAACUAUAUUUUUCAUCAACACUAACUAUUUCAUCUUCACUCUCCAUCCAAAUUUUAACCCUAUUUAUUCUAUACAAACUCUACACCGCAAAUAACUCAGUCACAAUCUCACUCUUCGUCUCAUCCUCUGUGUUUCUAGAUGUCAAGAAUGGAUACUUGGAUAUCUUCUUUAUCAUCUUCAAACUACAACCUCUUCUUCUUUACAACAAUAUCAUUUCUUGUAUCAGCUUUGUUCUUCAUGAAAUAUUUAAGAAGGUCUAAGGUGAACUUGCCACCAGGACCUCCAGGAUGGCCGAUUGUAGGUAACUUAUUUCAGUUCUCACGUUCGGGAAAACAGUUUUUCGAAUACAUAAAAGAUUUGCAACAGAUUUAUGGACCCAUAUUCACUAUACAAAUGGGUACUCGAACCAUCGUUAUUAUCACUACUCCUGAAUUAGCACACGAAGCGCUAAUCGAGAAGGGUACCAUUUUAGCAAGCCGGCCAAAAGAGAAUUCGACCAGAACCAUUUUCAGUUCUAACAAGUUUACUGUUAACUCAGCUGAUUAUGGUCCAGUUUGGCGUUCUUUAAGACGCAACAUGGUUUCUGAAAUGUUGAGUUCAACUCGGUUGAAAGGUUUUUACGGUGUCCGAGUUACUGCUAUGGAUCGACUCAUUGACCGAUUCAAAACUGAAGCUGAAUCUACUCAAGGCGUUGUUUCGGUAAUAAAGAAUGUUCGUUUUGCCGUGUUUUGUAUUCUCACCUCGCUCUGUUUUGGUGUAGAAAUGGAUGAGGAAACCAUUGUAAAGAUUGAUGAAACAAUGCAAUCCGUUCUGUACACGGUGAUGCCGAGGUUAGACGAUUACUUGCCACUUUUAAGUCUAUUUUAUCUUAAGCAACGUAAGAAAGCUAAACAAGUCCGAGAAAAUCAAAUCAAAACCCUUGUUCCAUUCAUUGAGAGACGUAGAUCAUCUAUAGCGAACCCUGAGUUGGACACAACUGAAGCUAAAUUUUCAUAUCUCGAUACGCUUUUUGAGCUCAAGGUUGAAGGACGUAAAUCUUCAAUGAGUAACGCAGAACUCGUUACACUAUGUUCCGAGUUUCUCAAUGGUGGAACCGACACUACAUCGACUGCAGUUGAGUGGGGUAUUGCUAGAUUAAUUCAAAACCCUGAGAUUCAGCGAAAAUUAUAUGAAGAUAUCAAAUCAACAGUCGGUGAUCGAGUGGUGGACGAAAAGGACAUACCAAACUUGGUGUAUCUUAAUGCAUUUACAAAAGAGUUACUACGCAAACACCCUCCGACGUACUUUACGUUAACACAUUCAGUAGCAGAACCAGUGAAAUUAGCGGGUUAUGAUAUACCCACUUAUGUAGGUCUUGAGUUUUUCCUGACAGCAAUAGCUGAAGAUCCGAAACAUUGGUCUGACCCGGUGCAGUUUAACCCGGAUAGAUUCUUGUGUGGUAAAGAAGAUGCGGAUUUAACAGGUAUAAGAGGGGUUAAGAUGAUGCCAUUUGGUAUUGGAAGAAGGAUAUGUCCGGGUAUGAAUAUGGGUACGCUCCAUGUGAAUUUGAUAAUAGCCCGAAUGGUUCAAGCAUUUGAAUGGUGUGCACCAGAUGAUGCAACAGAGAUAGAUUUUUCUGAGAAGUUGGUAUUUACAGUGCUCAUGAGGAAUCCUCUUCAAGCCAAGAUAAAGCCGAGGGUUUAACCCUCUUUAAUCAAAAAUUAUGAGGUAGAUUUUAUUAAGUUAUCUCUGCCGAGUUAAGUAGGUAAAUUACAUGGGUGUCAGUUUAAUAUUUACUCGGAGGAAAAUAUGCCUAGUUAUAAAAUAUUUUAAGGUGCUGUUUACAAAUAUUUUCUGAUCGGCUGUAUGCCUGAACUAUUGAUGUGUAGUAAUUACUUAUUAACUAUAUAUCACUUAUUUAUAAUUAUUACU